UCUCUUUUUAAAAGAAGACCUGGACCUAGAUGGUCUCCAUGGUCAGGUUAUUUAUGGAUCCUAAACUCAUAAUGAACAUACGUUGGUUGCAAUCGGGGAGAGUCAAUCAUUCAUCCUUUCUGUCCCUGGGAGCUUUCUGAAGGUUUGUCUGGGCAGAUUGAAGGCUUGUCAAAGUUAAGCAAAGGCGAAUCAUCGAGAAGGGAAAGAAAGGCGAGAUGGCACUGUGGGGUUGUCUGGGGCAGGCUGCCAACAUAACGCAGCUGGCCGGAGUAGAUAUCUUGGGCAUUAUCACCUUGAUUGUGAAGGGUGUUCUGACGGUCCGCCGGAACCAGGAGGAGUGCAGGCAGCUCUCCAGCCAUGCUUCGAUGAUGGAAGACCUGCUGCGGCGGUUGGUGGCCUCAGAGGUCAUAGAGCACCCAGAGACAUGGAAGCCGAUACUGGGGCUCCGAGGCACCCUUAUCCGAGCAUACAUGCUCGUCAGAUCCUGUCAGCAUAGCAGCUACGCAUACCACUUCUGCAUGGGCUGCGAGGUCGCCGACCAGUUGCACUCGGUGAGGACAGAUAUGGGUGUCUACAUUUCGUAUCUGUCGGCACUUUUACAUAGCAUCAACUAUGAUGAACUCACGGUCAUCGGGCAUACUACGCAGGAGAUCAGGAAUGCUCUUACACAGGAUGGUGGACAAGUACCUGCUGCUGCUGGGUCAUCAGCUUAUCAUUUCGACCGCAAUUACAGGGGCACGGUGGGUUUUGCAACGGUUCAGCUGGUAACAGAAUCUUCCAUAGUUAAUGAAGGCCACUUGCCAGAAAAUCAACGAUCAAGAUGGUGUUGUUGGUGUCCAUGGAAGGAGACAUCUACUGCUCCCAACAUUAACAUGCUCAUUGGCCACCGCGAAACAGGUCCUGCAAAAUUCACAUUCUCUCAGUUGGCGCGUGCUACAAGUUACUUCUCACUGAAAAACGCAAUCGGCUUUGGUGGUUCAAGUAUUGUUUACAAGGGUCGACUGCACGAUGGACUUGAGGUAGCUGUCAAAAGAGCAUCAUGUCAACGGAAUGCUCCGUUCAGCCAUUUUGAAAGUGAAAUUGAGCUGAUUCCAAAGCUUCGGCAUGCAAAUAUAGUUAAGCUUCUGGGAUAUUGCAGUCAAAAGAGCGAGAGGAUCUUGGUCUUUGAAUAUAUGCCAAACGGAAGCUUGGAUUCCUUCAUAUACGGCGAGAGAGCAAUGGAGGCGCCACUGGACUGGCCUAAGCGCUGUCAAAUAGUCGAAGGGAUAGCUCAGGGAGCUCUAUAUCUACACAAGCUAUGCGGGCCACACAUAAUUCAUGGGGAUUUGAAACCAGGCAACAUACUCUUAGAUUCUGACUUGAAUCCUAAUAUUUGCGACUUUGGAAUAUCCAGAGCACUGAGGCCAGGUGCAGAUGUAGACUGCACUGGCGUUGUGGCAGGCUCACGUGGGUUUAUCGCCCCCGAAUAUAAAAGAGGAGGCUGCUUGUCCGUUAAGUCCGACGUGUAUAGCUUUGGUGCUACACUACUUCAGAUCAUUAGCGGAAAGAAACUCCCUCCACCUCCACUUGCACUAGCAGAUGAAUCACGCGACUACGGGCCUAUGAAUAAGUGGGCUUGGGAUUUGUGGGUAGCAGGAAGGCUGCUGGAGUUCAUUGAUCCGUCGCUGCAUCGUGAGCCUCGGAAGGCCGAGAUAAUGAGAUGGGUUCAGAUAGGAUUGCUGUGCGUUCAGGAGCGUCCAGAAGAGCGACCGAGUAUGUGGGAUGUUCUGAUGAUGCUGAGCUGCGAGAAUAGCAUCCUUCGACAACCCAAUAUGCCAGCUUACUACUGAAACAGAGAUUCCAUAUGCUAGCUAGGUUCGAGUUGAAGAUUGCAUAAGUUAAGUUGAAACCAGAUGAAGCACUUACCCCGGCUGUUGCAAGUUCUGAUGCUCUUCAAAGCUGAAAUGCAAUAAAGAAUCUAUUUGAAUUAUUAUGGUCGUAAACAACUUUCUGUGGAUUAUGGGUUGGUUUGGCAUUAGGAAAGGAAUAUUUGGGCUAUGUUGGUCUAGUAUUUGUUAUAGGUUGUAAAGAUAAAGGAGGAACAUGACUUUCCAAGCUGUGUCUGUUUUCGCAUAAUUCAAGGCUUCUUUGGAUAUGUAGGGAUAUGACCUAACCCCUUUGAAUUGCAGGGAAUUCCUACCAACGCAAUGGAAUUUGAUCUAAUCCAUAUCCAAGUAUCGCUCUUUAAUUCUA